GGCAGCUAACCUGAAAACAACGGGAGUUCGCUUGAGAUUUGAUUGACAAACAGCGGUUGCUUUGUUCUCCACCUCUUUAGUUCAACAAAUGGGAGGCUGUUCAAGUAGGACGCGGACGAUCCUUUCAUGCCAAAAAGUUUGUACAAAGUCAACCAAUUUCGUUGAUAUCCAUUUGUUAAGUUUUUAAAAUCAACAGAUUAAUAGAAUUACCCGUCAUAAAGCUUUCGUUGUUAUAUGAGCAUGAUGAAACUGUUUUAUUUGUUUGAUCAAGCGUCCCCGGAACCUCCAAUCAUAGCCCCGUGUUUGAUUUGUUCUGCGUCUGGACCCCACAACAAGCAGAAAGCCAGUCGGCCGAGAGUCCACGAUGGGAGACCCGCAGCCUGUGUCAUGUAAAUGCGCCGCUGACACGGCCCGAGUCUCACCCGGAGUCAAGAGACGCCACAGGAACAAGGACAAAAUGUCGGGGAAGGCUGACAGGACGUCUCACGGCAUCCUGCUAGCGCCGCAUUCCCUCGCCAUCCUCCUGAAGAUCGCGGACGACGAACGCCCCCAGUCCCUGACGCGGACGGGCCGGGACAUUUUCUCGGACUUCGUCGCCCAGAAUCGCAACUCCUACUGGAACAAGGACUUGGUAAGCGGUAUCAACCGCAUCGACUACCUGGGCUGGUUCGAUCCUCAGACCCUGUUCGUCCAAGGCUCGGAGCAGGACUUGGAGGCGCUGCGAGACGCCUGGACGAGACGGUCGCUCCGACCACCUCGUCACUUCGUCAUCGAGAGCUUAGGUGAUGUUUGCCAGGUGCAGCUGGCUCCCGUGUCUCAGUCCCACUUCAUCCCCCUGCCUGACGUCCUGUGUCAGACCAUCGCAGAGCUCAACAAUGGAAAAGGAGUCGCAACACAGGACAACAUAGCAGAGUAUCUUCAGCAGAAGUUCAGCGGAGUUCCCCUGCCUGACCAGGACGUCCUGCAUGAGCUACUGGGAGAACUCAUCAAGGAGAGAAAGGUGUACCACAAUGGGGAAGAGUACCGUAUUGUCACCCCUGAGACGUACACAGCCACCAACCCUCCCACCCCGUACUCUACCAUCCCACCGCCUGCCCCCCAGCCUUCACUCCCCAGCCCUCCUGAGGCCAGGAACCCCAUGUACUUCCCCCCUCCCACAGAGAAGGUUGUCCCCAUGUUGGCCGUACCAGCGGAAGGUCAUGAGGGGUCAAACAGGAAGGCAGGAUCAGCUCAGACCAGGAGUCACUCAGAGGAGAAGUACCAGUUCAAGCGUAGUCAGUCCAUGCGUGUGCCAGCUGAGAAGGACCGCUCCUCCAGUCUGGGCAGAACAGAGUCUUACAGGAUGGGCCGGAGCAAGAGUGUAGGCUUCAACCUCACUCCGAAAGAAGUGUUACAGGAUUAUUAUGGAAGCGAGAAGUCCUUCCGCUUGUUUGGGAUCAAGAUUUUCCGCUGGGGGAGGUCCAGCAAGAACAAGAAGGAUCAUGGGAAGGGCCCAGCCAAGCAGUAUGCCACCUUCUCAGGACAGUUCCCUCCAGAAGACAUGUUGAGGGGUUCUUGUCUGAAGCAGAGUGACCGCCGCCCCUCAGAGCUGACGGUGGAGAACCUACAUAAACACAACCUGGAGAUACAGAAGCAGUUCCAGGACCGGGGACAGAGCACUGCACAGACAGUCACUGCAGACGUCCACCAGGAUAACUCCCAGGGCGAUAAGGGACAAGAGAAGGAAAAGCCCAAGAGCAAACACAGUGAUGAGAGGCACAGAAAACGAAGGCACAGGAAACACCGCAGUAGAAGGCACGAGAAAGACACCCAUGAAGCUACUCCAGAAGAUGCACCUGAGCAUGUCCAUCAAAGGGUCAGCGAGGGGAAUACAAGACCCAACAACGACACAGAGGCAGCCCCUGCAGUGCCUGAUAUUCCUGACCACACGUACACAGAAAGACUCACUGUUGAUGCAGAAAACACUCACUUUGAGGAGCCUGUUCCACCAUCAGCAAGUGCACAGAACACUUUCAGAAGAACACCAAGGCCAGUGUCAUGGGACGGCUCAGUAACACGUGUUCCCGUCCACAUGUACAGCACUGGCAAUACUGGUGAUGACAUGAGGCACCCCCAACAGGCACAGAACAUGUUCGAUCAGAACUACUAUGCAGAGAUUGAAAACCAUCAGCAGAUCUACAGUGAACCGGACCACUUUGAAGAGGAACACCAGUUCACGAGCUCUUAUGAGUACCCGGACAAUGGAACCGUGGUGAGCGAAACGUUUUCGGAGUUAGAGAGGCAACAGGCACAGUACAGAAAGUACCCCCAUGGAGCAAAUACACAGAACAAUGUUACCAGGCACAGGCACGCAAGCGACUUCUCCUGCACUACUACAGAUUACAGCCAGAGUCAUGGCUACCCAGCAGAGAGGUGGCAUCCACAGGAACCACAGUACAGCAGCAGGCAUCCACAGUACAGUGUAGGGGGUGCCGCUGCAAUCCCAGAAGUCCAGAGCGAUGGAGAAGUUGAGGACUUGAGGAAGGAGAUUGAGCGAAGCCUGGCGCGUCCAAACUCGCUCACCAACCAGAGAAGGAAGCAGCUCUUGCUCCAGGUAGCGGAGUCGUUUGACGGCAGCGACAUGGACAGUGGGUUUAACUCGCCCCGCACGCGCAACAGCAUUGCCUCGGAGGCGGCCAUGUCUGAUGGUACUCGCAGCAGGCGCAGUCUCGCAUCAGAGUACGACAGCAACGAACCUGUCCGGCCCUUCGUCAAGCCGUAUCCAUCUUACAUGAUGCACAACAGGUUCCCACGGCCCUACAUGGAGCAAGUGGAGGAGAAGGGAGAGAGCAAAGAGGCACUCAACUGUCUGAGUACGGAGAACAUGUGUAUGGACAUGAACAACCCCACCAGGACAGGCUUGCACAGUGAGACAGGCAGGCAGGGCAUGAAGUCGUCUCCCCGCUCCAGGACUCCUGAACAGCUCCUGAAGGAGAGAGGUCCAUUCAUUGGUUGUACUCACGGUCCCAGAGUGAGCGUAGGAGGGAAUCUGUAGAUAUUGUGUGAGUGUAUCAAGCAUUGUGGAUAUACUAUUAAUGGCAGAAAAAUGUGUACAUAGGUAGAACUAUGAAAGACAGUCAGAAAGAAUCUGUAGACUUCAUGUAUCAACUGGAAUAUUCAUAAUUGUCUGGGUUUUGAUAUAAUCACCAAUUUUGAAGUAUUACACUUGCUGGGACCUGGAACCUCCCAAGGUUUUGGUAGAUGCAAUUUGUAUAUACUUUUUAGGUGUUUUGCAAGCUUUCUACAAUAGUGUGUGACUUUGCAGUUGUAUAUGAGAUGGUGAUUAUGACAGUAAUUAUGUUAUGUUGUGGCGAAGUAUACCUGUCAAACAUCUGGGAUCAUCUCAGGUUGAUUUUCUUUCAAAUUAUGGUGCAAGUAAUUGCUAGCAUGUCAACUGCACAAUUCAAAGUAAUGAACUGGAUGAAAUUGUUUUCCCUGACUUAAACAUGUUGUCAUGAAUGAUGAACUUAUAUGGUGCCAACUUGUAUCUUAUGUAUAUAAUGUUUACUUGGCUACAGGUAGCAACUCCUUUGGUGAACACAGCUUAUACUUAAUUCUUGGUAGAAGAUGAAAACAGGGGGUUGAUUCAUAGGAUUUAUACACAGGUUUUAAUCAUAUUGUACCAGGUUUUGCCUUUAUAAUGCAGAAAUGUUAAGGUGAUAAAGCUUGCUGUGAUUGUAUUUAUGAAAGAAGCAAAUGGGAAUAGUAAAGCUUGCUAGGAAGUGUAUAUUCUUUCAUUACAAAUGUCAGCGCAGUGUGUAUAUGUUAUUUGAUGGUCACAAUGUUGUAUAAAAUUAUAUUUCUUUAGUUGAUUUUUUCAAUUGCAAUUCUCAAUAAUUGACUGCACCACAUCAAGGGCAAGAUAGUAACAACUGCAAUAAAGAACAUUUUAUUUCUGGCAAUAGUGAACAGGAAUGUGAAAUUUAAUUUGGUAAAUUUUCUUACCAAGUGUUUAAAAAGGUACCUUGAGGUCAUGUGUCAGACUAGUAUAAUGAAGUAAAAGACAUCCUAAAGAUCUUUUCUCUGUAGCUUCAACCCAAAUACCAUUUAGUA